AGUAAGAGAAGGUGAAGAAAUUUGAGAAAAGAAGCAAGGCAAUAGGUUUAAAUCAGUCUUGCUUUUAAAAUGAGUCUGUGGUCUAUGAUUGUAUUCAUAAUGUGUACUGCAAAAAUAGUAAUUAUCUUAAAAACUUAAUAUUGAUAGUCCAAAGGACUGUAAUAGAACAAUGAGCUGAUUAUUAAAAAUAAGAUCUAAAGAGCUACAAUCUGGAAAAGAAAGGCUGAAGAAUCUUCUCUAAUCUUUCACUCUACAGGUGGAUUUCCAAGAGACAGCAAUGGAAACGUGGUCAGUUGAACAGGUCUGCAAUUGGCUGGUGGAGAAAAACUUAGGAGAGCUAGUUCGUAGAUUUCAAGAGGAAGAAGUCAGUGGGGCUGCUCUGCUAGCACUUAACGACCGGAUGAUUCAGCAACUGGUAAAGAAAAUUGGGCAUCAGGCAGUUCUGAUGGAUUUAAUUAAAAAAUACAAGCAGAACAGUCAAGGACUGCGGACUCCUGGAAGCCCCAGAGACACAGCCCUGAUCACACACACUGAACCAGCCCUACAAGAUGAACAAUCCUCCAGUCUAGCCAGCCAUGGGGAGCAGACACCAUCUUUUUAUCCUGCUGAUGACCUAGAUAAUGGACUAAUAGACCAAAGAGUAUUGAAACAGAGAAGAAAUGGGAAGCUGCUUCCAGCCAGGAAUAAAGCACUGCACUGGACCAAGUCCUACAUCUUACCUGAGUUUCCCUACGACGUCAAGUGCAUGUUGGCAGAGCAGAAGUGUCCUGACCACAGCAUGAGAAUAAGGAUCAUCGAGUUUCUCCAGGCUGACAUGACAAAGUAUCUGGAAGGCUCCCUGUAUCCCACCACCAAGCAGUACAAUGACGUGGUCAGUGCCCUGCUGCAAGCUCACCCUUUCCUGGAUGACGAUGGCUGUGGCUUUCUUUUAUGGAAACGAGCUCUCAAAGAUCGUUUUAAGUAUGUUCGAAGACCCAUAGAAGAUGAUGAACAAGUAAUGAAAAAUAAAUGUAAAUUUGGACACCGACGAGGACAAACAAGGAAAUCUCUUGCUGAUAUAAGGCAUGAUGAAAUUAAAAUUGCACAGAUAGAGGUACACAAAGGCAGGAGGCUGGAAUUGAGAACAGAAUCCAGUUUGAACCCAGGCACUCCAACACAAGACACAGGCUACCCAAUCAGCAUCAGAAUUGCAAGACACAGCACGUGCCUCUAGAAGCUUUUGAAACUCACCUGGUAGGUAGGAGGAAGUAAUCCUUACCGACGAAUGUAAAACUUUGCCUUCCCCUACCUGCUGGAGCAGAGGGCUUCCAACUGCUACCCAGAGUGGACUGAGGAGAGCUUUGCAAUGUGUGUACAAGGCAAAGCUUGGAAAUGCUUCCCUGAAAGGGGCAAAGUGGUUUUAUUUGAGACACUGUAAGUAUUCUUUAGCUACUUCAGAGGUCUUUGAACAAGCUUACACAAUAUUCUUCUUAUUUAUAAAGUGGAUUAAAUUGCUUGGGGAGGAUAUCCCAACUGCCAAGUGUCCUCUCAAUUCUAUUUCUAUCUUAACAUGCUACAUAAAAUGAAGAUCCUUGCUCAUUACCUCAAAUACAACAUGUUUGCAUGUGCUGAAGGUGGAAAAGUAUUUCUUUUUGAUCUAGCAUAUUUAUUUGAUAUCACUAGAAGAAGCAAUUUGUCAACUCGGUUUUAUUAGUA